AUGGGUCCUCACAGUUGGGUAGAGACGUCUUCAUCCUCCGUGCCGUCCCCGGCGUCUUUAGAUCCAGGUCUCCUCGGAGAGUAUGAAGACGGCAUUCCUCAUCUGUGUUACUGCGGUGGAUCGGUUUUUGUUGAGACGACCGCCAACGGAGACAGUAAAGGAAUGAGAUUUGUCACUUGCCGCCGCCGUGAUGAAGCUGGGCAUCAUAUUCGCAAGUUGUGGGAUAAUUGUGUCGAAGAGGAAAUUGAAAUGUUGCGCUCUGACAUUACAAGUCUGAAGGAGGAUUCCCGCACAUGUGCCCACGCGGACGAAGCACUUAAAGAGAUAAGUAUCCUGUGGACCGACUUACUUUUGGCGGAAAAAAAAACCCGUGAUCUGAAGGAAGAUCUGGAGAUGGAUAUUGUGAAGAUAAAAGAGGAUUUUCUGCAGACGGAGGUGUUGGUUCGUGAUCUGCUCAAGGAGCACAAGACUGGAGAUUACAUUUGUGCUUGCUACAUUUACUCUAUUCCUUGGUCUUUUCAUAAUUUGGUUCAAGUAACUGCUCAGAAUCAAGUGGCAGACGUCAGUCUCUAUGUUCACCAAAGCGUGUUUACUCGGAAGAAGACCGUUAUCCGUUUUUUCAAGCUUUGUAUGAGGACUUGUUUCUCUUUAUGUUAUGCCUUAGUUUAUAUGUCCUAA